CUCUGCGCAUCAAGCUGCUUCCAUUCAGUGUGUGGCUGCUGAGCAGGGAACAACAGGCUACCUCGCUCCUCUCAGUCUAUGGAUGCUGCACAGCUUUGUGACAGAGGACAUAUUUAAGCCAAGCUGCUGUCUAACAAAGAGCCAUAAAAGUCAACAUCAACAUGUGACAUCAUCGUUUUCUUACUGGUAACAUGCACGGUUAAUAUUAACAGGGUAGCUGGAGCUGAACGAAAAUAAAAUCUCAGCUUUUGAAAAGAAGGUGUUGCUCUAUCGUCAUCAAUCAAGAAGAUCUUCGUAACCAUUGGGGGGUUCCAAAGGAGGUCCGAGUCCCAAGGUUUAGCUUCCUGAGAGGCUUUGGGAUCAGAAAUGUGGAAUAAACCAUGAGUGUAAACAAAGCGGUUGAGUCUGCCUUAGUCCUAUUGGCUGGGCAGUCUACAUUCCACCUCACAGCCCUGCAACAUCUCCACAUGUGCGCUGUUUACUGAUGGACCUCUUAGCACAGACACUGGGGUCCAGCUCCAGCUGUGCCAUGACGUCAUCCGACCAAGAUGAGACGGGGAGCGAGCUGUCGGAGACCAUGGACAUCCGCGAGCUCCAGGACCAUUACGUGUCCACGGAAAACUGCUUCAAGUCCAAAAGUUUACCGAUCCUGAAUGGGCCGUGCGAACAUGGUGGCAGCUCCUCUGCGCAGGCUCUGCAGGUCGGCGCAAACUGCACCUGCUUGGCUGUGGAGGACAGCCUGGCGUUUCAGCUGAAGACUCCAGAAUCCAGCCAAGCGGAGUCCCCUUCCUCAUGGAUGGACUUUUCCCCCUCAGUGUCCAGCAUGGUGGGGCUAAGCAGCGCCAUGCCGGUGGAGGGCCACAGGUCAUCGGGGUCCAGAGGCAGAAAACUCUCUUUCUCUCUCAGUCGGUUUCUCUGGAUCCCAGCCAGGAAGUGUGUGCGGGUGAUCCUCAGUGACUCACGUUGCUUCUUGUUCUGCAUGUGCUACCUGACCUUCAUCCAGUCCCUGAUGGUUUCAGGCUACCUGAGCAGUGUCAUCACAACCAUUGAGAAGCGCUACAGCCUGCGAAGCUCAGAGUCCGGCCUGUUGGUCAGCUGCUUCGACAUCGGCAGCCUGCUGGUGGUAGUCUUCAUCUCGUACUUCGGCGGCAGGGGUCAGAGGCCGCGCUGGCUGGCCGUGGGGGGUGUCGUGAUAGCCAUAGGGGCGGCAUUGUUCUCCCUGCCUCAUUUUAUCUCCCCGCCUUACCAGAUCCAGGAGAUGAACUCCUCGGCUGGCCACGAAGGCCUCUGCCAAAGCGAGAACAGUAGCAGGGGGGAACUGGAGGUGGCCUCUUGCCCGCGAGAUCAGGAGGGAAAUGAGCACAACCUGUACGUGGCUCUGUUCAUUUGUGCCCAGAUACUCAUUGGCAUGGGGUCAACACCUAUCUACACCUUGGGGCCCACCUACCUGGAUGAUAACGUGAAGAAAGAAAAUGCUUCUUUGUACUUGGCCAUCAUGUAUGUUAUGGGAGCACUGGGUCCUGCAGCAGGCUACUUGCUGGGAGGCGUCCUUAUUGGCUUCUAUGUUGACCCGAAAACUGUGGUGAACAUUGACCAGAAUGACCCUCGCUUCGUUGGCAAUUGGUGGAGCGGCUUCCUCCUCUGUUCCAUAGCCAUGCUUCUUGUCAUUUUCCCCAUGUUCGCCUUCCCCAAAAAGCUGCCUCCACGCCACAAGAAGAGAAAAAAGAAGAAAAUGAUGAACUCGCCAGGUGAUGCGUCCAGUGAUGAUGAUGUGAUGAAGGAAAAGUCCAGUAGCAAAAGCCAAAAUGUGUCCUCCUCUAUGGGAUUUGGAAAAGAAAUCAAAGACCUUCCCAAAGCUGCUCUGAGAAUCCUCAGCAACAUGACCUUUCUGUUCGUCAGCUUGUCCUACACAGCAGAGUGUGCCAUCGUCACGGCCUUUAUUACCUUCAUCCCCAAAUUUAUCGAGUCGCAGUUUGGCAUUCCCGCCUCCAGUGCCAGCAUCUACACAGGUUUAAUUAUCGUGCCUAGCGCCGGCGUGGGCAUCGUCCUGGGAGGUUACAUCAUCAAGAAGCUGAAGCUGGGCGCGAGGGAGUCGGCAAAGCUGGCCAUGAUCUGCAGCGGAGUGUCCCUGCUCUGCUUCUCAACGCUGUUCAUCGUAGGCUGUGAGAGCAUCAAUUUAGGAGGCAUUAACAUCCCCUACACCAAUGGUCCUACGCUGACCAUGACCCACAGGAACCUGACAGGCAGUUGCAAUGUAAACUGUGGCUGCAAAAUCCAUGAGUACGCACCGGUCUGUGGCUCCGACGGCAUCACCUAUUUCAACCCCUGCCUGGCCGGAUGCAGCACCGUCGGCAAUGACAGCACUGGGAUCAGGAACUACACAGACUGCGGCUGCGUUCAGAGCCGGCAGGUCAUCACUCCGUCGAAUGGUGGCCAGGUCAACCAGCUCCAGCUGGUGAUCGUCAAAACGUACCUGAACGAGAACGGCUACGCACUUUCCGGGAAGUGUGAUCGGACCUGUAACACACUCAUCCCCUUCCUCAUCUUUCUCUUUAUUGUCACACUCAUUACCGCGUGUGCCCAACCCUCAGCCAUCAUAGUGACGCUCAGGUCUGUUGAUGAACAGGAGAGGCCUUUUGCUCUCGGGAUGCAGUUUGUUUUGCUCCGAACUCUUGCCUAUAUACCCACGCCCAUCUACUUCGGCGCCGUGAUCGACACCACCUGCAUGCUGUGGCAGCAGGACUGUGGCGUGCAUGGCUCCUGCUGGGAGUACGACGUCACCUCGUUUCGUUUCGUCUACUUCGGCCUGGCCGCCAGCCUGAAGUUUGUCGGCUUCAUCUUCAUCUUUCUCACCUGGUACUCGAUCAAGCACAAAGAGGCGCAGGCCGAGCGCUGGCGCCAGCACCUGCCUCCUCUGGGUACAGUCAGUGAGCUCGUCUGUCACGCCGGCGGCCGGAAGAGCCAUGCCCGUACCCGCUCCUGCCCAGUGUUCAUCCCGCCCCGGCCUGACAUGCCGGCGGCGAUGCUGCUCGACCGUGGCCACAGCAGCCUAAGCUGCCCUGGUAACGGCCUCAAAGCAAUACCUCCUGCUGUCUUACUACCACGCCACCACAGAGGCUCGGCCCAUGUCUGAGAAAGGGGAGGUACGUUGCGACGUGUGCCUUCCUAUUUGUGUCUCUGCACAACAUGGCGUCUACUUUACAAAGCACCGACAAGUGUACCCACCGUACCUAAAGGGCUGGUCAUAGAUUCAUGAUAACCUCAGCAUAUCAUCAUCUGCAGCCACAACGGAUGGACGAUGUAAGAACAUUAAACUGGUGCUACAGACAAAACAAUGUCUGUAUAGGCACAAGAGUCAUCAACACUGCGUCUAAAGCACAACACACUGUACUAUGCAAAAAGCAGCAUCCUGUUCCUUUCCUCUCAAUCCUACUUUACAAAAACCUUCAUUUUACUACCAGAGCUGUUUCCUCUGUCUUGUCUAAGGGGGAUUACACAUCUACAGUUAUAUUGGAAUUAGGAUUUGUAUUUCUGUUCACAAUUCUUUAUUUUUUGUUAGUUAUUUCCCGUAACAGUGCCUCUAAGGCUGUUUAAGCCAGUCCAGGUCACAUGUCUGGCUGUCAGGGUCAAUGUUGGCUGCAGAAAAAAAAUGUAAUAUUGUCUUUGCCAACUAAACCAUGUUUGUCACUAAAUUAUAUAAUCUCAGCAGAAAACUAAAGGAACAAAAAAACAUCUAAAAACGUGCUGAAGCUACUGAAAAUCCUAAAGAUGUGAAGAUGGGUUUAAAAAAAAAAAAAAUUGGCAUUACUUUUUUGGCUUUGUACUUAUACUCAUCCAUUCCAGCAGUCAUCAGAUGUACAGAUUUAGCUGUGUAGACUUUUACAGAUUUAGUGCAGAAGAGCAUGGCUAAAAAUCCAGAUAGGGAAAAGGAGUCUGUUGUUGUUUGGUGCCAUCUAGUGGACAAAAUGAGUUUUGCGAAGAGCUAUUGAGGGGGAAAAAGUGUUCAGAUCUUCAGUAUGUUCAGGAAUUCAUGAUUGCCAAAAUAAUAAUAUUAAAAAAAAAGCUUGUCUCUAAACCUAGCUGUCUAGAAAACAAUAGAUGUGAUUUUUUAAUUCAAAGGUAAAAUGGAUUAAUGCGAGUCUUUUCUGAUAGUUUGGUUCAAGCUGGCCCAGGAACUUUUCACACUUUACAACAAAUUUUUGUUGUUGAGUUUUAUGUAACAGAGCAAUGCAAAGAACUGCAUACAUUUGAAUUAGACAGUAGUGGUUUUAAUUUUUAAUUUUUUUUAAACAAAUGUAAAUGAAAUAUAUGCAGAUUAUUUACUGCAAUCGUCCAAAAUUAAACAAGUACAAAUCUAGUUGCUUCUUGAAGAAAAUUGUUUGGGAAUAUAAGUGAACAAAGUAGAUAAUGAAGACUUUUAUGAUUGUGUACAGACCUUUGGUGCUGUCCGGUGUUUAAAGUGCUUCAUAAAUAAAGUUUGUAUGGUAUGGUACAGCAGGAGGCAGGUCAGGUUUAAGGUUAAAGAGAGCACAGUUUAAUUUGCCAUUUGAAACAGCAAAGAGGCACAGCUGCAAACCUACUGAGGUCAUUUACCUAAACUUACAGGCUGGCUAAAAAGACAGCACCAGUCAGAAGAAUCCAUACAUGUAAAACCUGACAUUUAGAGAAAAACUACACAUGAUCCUAAUAGAAAAUCCCUGUGGUUGAACAUGGUGAUAGCAGCAUAAGAUAUGGAACCUGGUCAGACAUGACUGGGAGAUGGAUGGAGUGAAAUUCAGGGCAAUCUUGGGAAAAAAAAAAAAAAAGAAUAUUGUUGUAGAAAAGCUCAGGGUGGUUCAGGCUCAAGCAGGAUGAAAACCUCAAACAGACAGAGGUACAGUAGAAUCAAAGCAAAUUCAGGAGUUGGAAUCACAUAGUAGCCAGACCUUACUGCAGCUUGUAAAUAAUCUCUGAUCUUUUGGAACCGCUUAGUCAAAUAAAUCAGCAAUUAUACUUUUCUCUUUAAACAAUUUGUCCUUUUCUAAUUAUGUGCUGAUUUGUGCUGCUCUUUCACAUAAAAACCUAAAUAAAAUAACCUAACCUGUCAAACGUGGGUUUUAACUGUCAACAUAUACGAUAAGAAACUCUGUUCAGAUCUAUGAAAGAAAAGAAAGAAGUUUUCCUUUUUCGUUUCUGUUUAGCCAAAAGAAAAAUUUAAUUAUUUUGAAAACCAGACUUAUAUUUUUUUCUUUUUUUGGAACGUACCAGGGUGUUUAAAAGCAAUUAUUGUAUUUUCAUAGUGUGUUCUCUAAGACAAAAUAAGGAUUUGACCAAAGCUCAUGGUCUUGGUGUUUGUUUUAUAAAAGGUUUAAUGGAGGCUCAUUUCAGUAUUACUGUGGCGCAAUUCCUUAAUAGUAUUUAUGUGUGAUCAUUGUGUAAAUAAUAAAAAAAAACAAUGCAUAUAAUAGAGCUCACCUAUAGCUAGAUAUGUAUUAAUAAUCCAUGACAUUGUACCAACAAAGCCAAAAAAAAAAACAAAAGCUGAGAGACAUUGAACAAAAUCAUCCAAAUAAAGAAAAAUAUCAGAAAAGCUUGUCCUAUAUAUCUAUAUAGAUAUAUAUGAAAGUAAAGACUGUCUACUGUUCCUCCAAUCUCCAAAUUUUCCUCCCAGGUAAUGCAAACCUGGAUUCACAACAAUUCAGGAAAGAAGAGUAGAAAAUCCUGCAGAUGAGUUUGCAGAGGUCUGACUUCCAGAGACCACCUCCAGCUUCAGUGCCCUGCUCUCUGAACUAACAUCUGGACUACCCACACAAGGCUUCAUGCACACCCUGGAGUUUGGCUUUAAUGCACCGUCCCUCUUUUCAUCAUUUGGACCAAAGGUUGAAUUUUCUGAACAAAAACCUGAAUCUGUUUUCUUUGCUCCCCCAGCAGCAGAAGUCUAAUUGAUGUUUGUGAACGCUUGGUUUACAAAUGCCUUCAAUACUUGAUCAUAGUCAUUAAACUUGAGAACAAAAAGAAUAAAGGUUUGUUUGAACUCAAUAUGUUGUGCAGCUCAUAGAAAAUGGACGAGUCAGUGUUUCAAAUGAUAACUGUUUAUUUCGUCAUCAGGUCAUGGUUUUCCUGAAACCACACUUGGUAAAGAAGCAAAAGAAGGCAAAAUGACAUUUUGCAGAGUAAGAUUUAAAGCUGAAAUACAUCUUGGACAUUAUUUAAAGGAGUUUGCAAAACUUUAGACUGAAACUACCGUCGUAUAAAAGCGCACAGUUAAAAAAAAAAAAAAAAAAA